GCUCAGUGUUCAGCACGUAAAGAUUCUCAAGAAUUGACUGACAGUCCAAGACCCUGCGUGCUCGCCUCUUUAGCUCGGCACAAUUAAAUUGGUAUAGUCGGUGACGGCUUGCAGCGCCGAAAGCAGGGAACCUCAACAAAAGUCUACUUAAAAGGACUCGCCCUCUCACCUUCCGUCCGCAACCACUUAUCACCGGUCACUCUAUCCCCAGGUCCGCAUGCGAAGCCAUUUAUACGUUCGAAAUGCCUAUCAUUGACACGACCAAGGACUUGAAUGCGCUCUUCACCAAACAGGUUCACGCCACGCCUGAUGCCAUUGCGUUGGAAGAUGAAAGCGUGAAAUACACUUACGAACAGCUAGACGCUAAAGUCACAGCCUUAUCUGAGCGUCUACGACAGUAUGGGGUCUCGCGCGACGUCCUGGUCGGCGUCCUUAUGGGUCGUAGCGCAGAUUAUGUCAUUGCUUGCCUGGCAGCACUGCGUGCGGGUGGAGCAUUUCUGGUUUUAGAGCUGGCAUAUCCCCCAGAUCUUCUUGCAGACGUCAUUGAAGAUGCAAAGCCAGCCGUUAUUGUCACACACAAGGCACACGCAGGUCGGAUUAAGGCGGCCAUCCCGCUCAUCAAACUAGAUGAUGUAUCAGAGAUUACAAUCAAUGGUGAUGCAAAACCGCUGCAGCCUUUGCCUAGUGAGGAUGAUCUAGAACGGCUCGCAUUUGUGUCGUACUCUUCAGGGACAACUGGCAAGCCAAAGGGCAUUGCUAAUCCUCACCGAGCACCAGUGUGCUCCUACGAUCUGAGAUUCGGUCUCAGUGAUCUCGGAGAGGGCGAUCGUGUGGCUUGUAAUGUGUUCUUCGUCUGGGAGAUCCUUCGGCCGCUCUUGCGAGGAGCGGCCGUUUAUGCGAUCGCAGAUGACAUCAGUUACGACCCAGGAGCUCUUGUGGAUGAACUGAGGUCCAAAAAUAUCACGGAAACGCUCAUGACGCCUACCCUGUUGGCUUCAUGUCUUUCUCGACAUUCAUCAAUAAGCUUGGGCGAGCUUCUACCUAAUUUGCGUACCUUGUGGCUGAAUGGUGAAGUUGUGACAACUGAUCUGGCACGCCGAGCAAUGAAAGCCAUGCCGAACACUCGCUUGCUGAACGUUUAUAGCUGUAGCGAAACCCAUGAAGUGCUUUUCGGGGACAUUCGAGAGAUGCUCGACAAAGACUCCCCGGUAUGCCCGGUAGGUCCGCCUGCUGAACCGGAGAAGACCUACAUUUUAGAUGAAGACGGUCAGAAAGUUGACGCGGGGACUGUCGGCGAGCUCUGCGUAGGUGGGAAACUGCUUGCACGUGGCUAUCUCAAUCUACCCGAGACAACAGCCAAAGCAUUCGUGCGGAAUCCCUUUGACCCUUCUCCUGAUGCACGCAUGUACAAGACAGGAGAUCUCGCCAGAAUGCUGCCUUCCGGAGCGAUUGAAAUAACGGGACGGUUGGGUGCAAUGAUUAAGCUCAGAGGCUACUCCAUUGUGCCUGGAAAGGUUGAAAAAGCCAUUGUGGAACAACUUGCCGUUAGUGCUUGCGCUGUAAUCGCGCAUGGAGAUGGAUUGGAUCGUCAAUUGGUCGCCUACGUCGUGCCAGACAAAGAUCCUGGAGAACGGACACCGAUCAGCAUCGAUGAAACUGGACACAGCCCGUCGGCACGGCGCACACUAUCCGCUGUGUUGGCCCAGUACAUGAUUCCUGCCUUGUGGGUUGAGCUCGCGAGCUUACCGACUCAUGAGGUGUCUGGCAAAAUUGACCACAAGCGUCUCCCUGAUCCACCAAAGGAGCGCAGACAGAGCGUGGUGAACGGCAUCAAGAAUGACCGCGAGGCGAAAAUCAGCGUGGAGACCAUUAUUGAGUUGUGGGCGGUAACGCUGAAUAUCUCUCCGAGCAACAUUACGCACGAGCACAAUUUUUUUGAUCUCGGCGGGCAUUCGCUCUCGCUUGCUGAUUUGGCGUCGAGACUAUCAAGGCAUUUUGGAUUCAAAGUCCCACUUGCGAGACUCGCUGGUGAUCCAACACUUGAAGGCCAUCUCAAAGCUGUCAAAUCUGCUCGUGAUGGCCACACGGCAACAAUCCAAGCUGAUCUACCGGCAGUAUUGCGUGCCGACGCUCAACUCCCCGAGGACCUGGAAGUCCCCCAGGUGCCAUUACGCCCCCUGCGAGAUGCGAAUACGAUCUUAUUGACAGGCGCUACUGGCUUUUUAGGAGCCUUUUUGCUAAGCGAUUUGAUCGAUAGAACUACGGCUCACAUCAUUUGCUUGGUGCGAUUCAACAACCCCGAAGACUACGAUAGGUCGAAUGGCAUUGCACGAAUACGUAGAAAUUUGCUAGAUAUGGGGCUGUGGCGAGAUAAAAUCAUGGAGCGUGUCGAGCUGCUUCCGGGUAAUCUUUCGCGUAGACGUUUUGGGCUCUCUGCCGAUGCGUGGUUUGAUCUCGCAGAUCGGGUCGACGUAAUUAUUCAUGCAGCUGCUACGGUCAAUCUGGUGUAUCCGUACGCGGCGUUGCGGGCGGCAAACGUGGGUGGAACAAGAGAAAUAAUUCGACUUGCAUGCCGCGCCAAAGCCACACUGCAAUACAUUUCAACAAAUGGUGUCUUACCUGGCUCUGAGGAAGGCUGGCCCGAGGAUACUCUGCUCGAUGUUAAGUUUGUUCCAACACUCAUUCCAGAUGGAUACGGUCAAACAAAGUGGGUGGCUGAGAAGCUUGUAUACGAGGCAGGGAAAAGAGGACUGCCGGUCAAGAUUCACCGUCCUGGUACCAUCAGCGGGCACAGCGAGUGGGGAUCGGCAAACGCUUGGGAUCUUUUGACCGCCAUCAUUGUUGAAUCCUUGCAGAUUGGCUACGCGCCUGAUAUCGAAGGCUGGAGAGCAGAGAUGACACCUGUGGAUUUUGUCAGCAAAGCCAUCAUUGGUCUAUCGAAUGACAUGAACACCAAGAUGAAGAUCUUUCAUUUGGCGGACUCUAAUCCAGUCCCCACAGCGACUCUCUUUGAAUACUUGGAGGAGCUUGGAUAUCCCACCAAGAAGAUACCAUGGGAUGAAUGGGUAAAAACGUGGACAGAGAAGAGGGGCACGGCAAAAGGCGGUGACGGAGGAUUUACAGUUGAUGUUCUUCGAGGCGGUAUGCCGGACAUCAGCUUUAUGAAAGAUAUUACAAUCCUCAAAGACGAUCAGACAAGAUCCGUACUUGGCCUAGAUCGACCGCCUAUCGACAAGAGGCUUCUCGACACGUAUGCACGCCAUUGGCAUGCACGAGGGUGGCUGCCAAAGCCACCAAUUUCCCACAGACCUGAUUUGACAGAUGGGAUCUACCUGAAGGGUCCGCUGAGCGGGAAAGUUGCCGUCAUCACGGGAGCAUCCUCUGGCAUCGGUGCCGCAGUAGCAAACACGUUGUCUCGGGAUGGUGCACAUGUUGUGCUUGCCGCCCGAAGGACGGAAGAACUGGAGGUGACGAAGAGCAAAAUGGCAGCACGUAAGGGCAAGAUAAUCAUCCAGAAGACGGACGUCACGGACAGAAAGCAGGUCGAAAGACUCAUGCGAAGAGCCGAGGAAGAGCUUGGCCCCAUUGACAUCGUCGUUAGCUGUGCUGGCGUGAUGUACUGGACGCUCAUGAAGAAUGCGCACGUCGACGACUGGGACAGGACUGUGGACGUCAACUGCAAAGGCCUGCUUCAUUGCAUCGCGUCCUCGGUGCCCGGCAUGCUCAAAAGAGGCUCCGGCCACUUCGUAGCCAUCUCCUCCGACGCUGGCCGCAAGGUGUUCCCCGGCCUGGGGGUCUACUCCGCCAGCAAGUUCUUCGUUGAGGCCACCUUGCAGUCGCUGAGGCUGGAAACGGCCGGCUCAGGACUGCGCGUCACGAGCGUGCAGCCGGGCAACACGAAAACGCCGCUGCUGAACAUGUCGACGGACGUGGAGGCCGUCAAAAAGUACGGAGAGCCCUCGGGGGCGCAGAUCAUGGACCCCGAAGACGUUGCGAACGCGAUCGCGUACGCGCUUCGACAACCUCCACACGUGGCCAUGAACGAGAUUCUGAUCGAGCCAAGGGACGAGCCAAUAUAGCCUUCAAAAUCUUUGAUUUCAAUAAGCAGAGUUGUAAUCUAUUCGCGCAAAUGCACAGAAUUCAGUCCGCACAAUUGUACAGUGUUGAUGCGUCGUGCAAGUUGAAACGCAGGCCA